CUCUGACCUGCGUUUCUUCUACAUCGAGUAUUCCUCUAUUUCCCUGUCAACCCUCCCUCUAUCUCUCGCCAUGUUUCUCCUCCGCCGCACAGCAGCUCGUGCUCUAUCGGCGAGUCCCUCGAAGGCUAUCUUCGUGAAGCCACGUUCAAUCAAUACACGUGCGCCUGUUGCUUUCCGAUCAAGACAACAGCAAUGGAACGUAUCGGUCUUCCAACGGAGAUUCGCAAGCGACGAGGUCGCAAAAACAGAGAGCGAGGAAGCAAAGGCAGAGGCUGCAUCAGAAGCAUCUUCCGAGAGUUUUGCGCAAACCGCCGCCGAAGCGCCCGUCGAGGAAUCUGUGGCACCCGCUCCGGAAGCUCCCCAAGCAGAGUCAACAAAUGAAUCCGCCACAGUUGGUGUCGAUGCUCUAGAGGCAGCCGCCUCUCAAGGUACCGAGGGCAGAGGAUUCAAGGGUCACAAUGCGACCCCUAAUAAGACCAUCUACGUUGGCAACUUGUACUACGAGGUCACCGAGGACCAACUGAAGCGCGUUUUCUCCCGUUUCGGUGCCAUUGAUAGUGUCAAGGUUGUUUACGACAACAGGGGAAUGAGUCGAGGCUUCGCCUACGUUGAGUAUGAGAACAUUUCCGAUGCUCAGGCCGCUGUCGAAAAUCUCGACAUGCAGGUCUUCGAAGGCCGAAACCUCGUCGUGCAAUUCCACCGACCCAAAUCUGCCAAGAAGACGUUUGGUGAAUUCCCGGCGAACCCUCCCGCCAAGACUCUCUUCAUUGGAAACAUGUCGUUUGAAAUGUCAGACAAGGAUCUCAACGACCUGUUCCGCGAUAUUCGCAAUGUCAUGGACGUCCGUGUUGCAAUUGACAGGAGGACCGGCCAGCCACGGGGCUUCGCUCACGCCGACUUCAUUGACGUCGCCAGCGCUACGAGGGCAAGGGAGGUGUUAAAGACGAAGGUCAUCUACGGGAGACAGCUUCGCGUUGAUUUCAGCAAGUCGGGAACACAACAGCAAAGGGAGCCGAGGCAAGAGAGGACUGACAGAGGUGGCAGAGGCGACAGAGACGACAGGUCAAGCAACAGGCCUGAGCAGUUCUAAGUGGAGUGAGAAUGUGAAAAGGAUAGACAUGUGGAUUGGCAAGCAUAAUAGUGUGGAUGGUCAAUUUCUGUCAUGAAGCGAAGGACUUCCUCUUCCUGUCGCAUACUGCGAUCUUCUCGAUUACCGUUUCCCUGCUGUUUUGAUAAAUUGGGCGAUGUGUAUAAUAUUAGAGGAGCGUCAUGGCGUUUGACUAACCCCUCUCUUUGGCGUAUAGAUGAAAAGGUGAACGUGAGUUGGAAUGAAUUUACAAUUGACCUUCC